AUGGUGGUCGAAUUUUUGAAGAAGAAUGGAGUAAACUCAAAUGAAGAAGAAUGGGCCCAGAAUUUCCAAUUUAGACAAGGACAGAAUAAGAAAUUUAAAGGUCGUCAGCAAAAUAGGCAAUCUGGAUUCCAACAACAGCCACGAUGUCAAACUUGUGGAAAUAAUCAUUUCGGGGAGUGCAGGCUUCUAACUAAGAGCUGCUUCAAAUGUGGUAAGGGGGAUCAUUUUAUCAAAGAUUGUCCAUUGAUGAAGAACCAACAAAAGAAGGAUGAACCUCAAAGGACAAAUGCUAGGGUGUUCACAAUUACUCAAGCUGAUGCUGAUACCGAUAACUCUGUGGUGUCAGGUGAUAUUUUUGCAUCUGGUAUUCUCACUCAUGCAUUAAUAGAUUCAGGUGUCACGCAUUCAUUUGCAUCCUUGACAUAUGUAAAAAGGUUGGGUAGAUCGUGUGAAAAAUUGUCAGAAGUUUUUAGUACAAUGUUACCAUCUGGAGAGAUUUUGUAUUCUACUCAUUGGUUGAGGGGGGUUCCUAUUUGCAUUGAUGGUAGGAAAUUAUAUGCUGAUCUAAUAAUAAAGAAAACAGUGAUAUUUAAGCCUUCGAAGGAAGAUGAGUUUAUGUUUACUGGAACGACAUCAAAAAGUUGCAUUCCUUUAAUUUCUGUUAUGAAGGCCAGGCGACUAUUGAAAAGUGGAUGUAUGGGUUAUCUCGCCAGUGUGGUUGACACUUAUAAGGAGCAAAAGUUAAAACCAGAAGAUGUACCGGUAGUUAGAGAUUUCUUAGAAGUGUUUCCAGAAGAUUUACCGGGAUUGCCUCCUGACAGAGAAAUUGAAUUUGUGAUCGAGCUACUUCCUGAGAAGGUGGCAUUUUUGGGCCGUAUAGUCUCAAAAGAUGGUAUUUCAUUGGAUCCAUCAAAGAUUGAAGCUGAUAGAUUUUCCAAGAUAGCAAUGCCAUUGACACAACUGACGAGGAAGAAUCAUAAGUUUGAAUGGACUGAAGCUUGUGAGAAAAGUUUUCAAGUGUUGAAGCAAAGAUUGGUUUCUGCUCCAAUACUUACUAUUCCAUCUGGAUCAGGAGGACUUGUGAUUUAUAGUGACGCUUCAAAGCAAGGCUUAGGGUGUGUGUUAAUGCAAAAUGGCAAAGUCAUAGCUUAUGCUUCUAGACAAUUGAAGGACUAUAAACAGAAGUCUCCAACACAUGAUCUGAGUUGA